AUGCAGAGGGAAUUCUUCGAGAAGUGCUGGGAUGUAAAGGCAUAUGAACAGUCCUCUGCUGCCAAAGACGUCUGUAAGAAUGAAACUGAAGAGAAUUAUCAGAAAUUCCAAGGCAACAUAGAAAUUGAAAGUACUGGCAGUCGAAGCAAACACAGAGAUUUGAAAUCUGGAUUCAAGAAUUAUCAGAAAUUCCAAGGCAACAUAGAAAUUGAAAGUACUGGCAGUCGAAGCAAACACAGAGAUUUGAAAUCUGGAUUCAGUAAUGGACAAGAAUGCAAUCAAAACAGAGAACCUAUGGUGGAAUCUGAAAAGACAGAGUCUGUAAAUCCGAAGGGUCUUCCAAGACAUGAUGCAAGGGCUAACAACAGAGAUACACAAGAGAAUUCAACAAAAAUUUUGAUGGAAACAAAGAAGAAGAGGAAGGCUGAGGGAAAGUAUCGGCCUAAAGUGGAUAUAUGUGGAAUUGGGCAAAUGAAGAAUAAACAUGUUGGUGAUCACUCCAAUUGUCCAAAACCUCCAAAUGUGAUUUUGGCAAACCAAGAGGAGUUACAACAAGAAAUGAAGGAGUCUCUCGAGCAAAUACGUGAAGACACAAAAGAGCCUCUCAAGCAGCUCCGUGAUAACACCAAGGAGUCUCUCAAGCAGCUACAGGAAGAUACCAAAGAGUCUCUGAAAUAG